AUGAAAAAAAAGUAUGAUGGAACGAAGUUUAGUACUAAUACUAUAACUAACAAUGAUAAUGUGGAUGAUCAACAACAAUAUUCAAACACUUCUUCUGAUAUAUGUCUAACUAAACAUCCUGAUAAUGAUAAUAAUAUUAAUGUGUCUAACGUUAAUACUAUAAAUAACGAUAAUAAAAUCACGAUACAAUCUGAACGUUAUGCUACGACAAGGUAUCCGUUUGCUCCAUUUAUUGUUAGGUUUCAUGUUACGAAUAUCAACGAACAAAAAGUUGUUGAAGAAUUGAUCGAUUUUAUUAAACAGAAUAUGAACGAAGUAGUUGAAUUUGCAGGAUAUCGUCGAUCUACAGCAAAAUGUUGUUCAAAUGAAAGUGAUCUAUUGUUAUUUGUCAAAGAUAGCAAUUCUUUUUGCAUCCUAUACAACGAUGCUAACUGGCCGAGAAUGUUAAGCAAUAGCAAUUAUACUAUUGUUAUAAAACCAUCAAUCCCGGCUCAGUUAUCAUUAUUAAUAACAAAUGUGGACUUAAGAUUAGAUUUUAAUGAUUUUACAAAUGAUCUUAAAGAAAAAUAUCCAGCUAUUAAAAAUGUGGUUCGUAUGAAAAACAAAUUUCAAAAGGAUAUUCGUGUAGUUAAAAUAGAACUUACAUCAACUAAAGAUAGAAAUGAAUUAAUUGAUGUGGGUAAAGUAGUGGCUAAUGCAAUAUGUUACAAUGUGGUUGAGUAUCUCGCUCCGGCAAUGGUACUCAUUUGUUCAAAGUGUUUAGGUUUGGGUCAUUUUAGAAGAAAUUGUAAGGAAGACAAUGAUACAUGUAAAGUUUGUGGUGAAGUUUGUCGUGAUUUAAAACAACAUAUUUGCUCUAAGACAGCUAAAUGCAUACACUGUAGAGGCAACCACAACUCUAAUGCAAUCAUAUGA